AUCAACUAAUAUUAGCAAAAAUGGCCCAAGAAGUCCCAACUUUUAAGUUAGUCCUCGUCGGUGACGGUGGUACCGGUAAGGUAUGUGCUUUUUGUGUUCGAUUGUGGUAAUUCAUCUGAUUGUUGACAGUGUUGAUGUUUUUUUUUGUUUUGGCGCAACGAAAUGGCAGUUUUGCCGCCAUGGCUCUUCUUGUCUCACCUCACAAUGGAUGCAAUCGACCAGCCUAAUGGAUGAUUGGUUGUAUAGAUACCUCUGUCCACUGCCCCUGAAUUGAUACUAACCCGUUUAGACCACCUUCGUCAAGCGUCACAUCACCGGUGAAUUUGAAAAGAAGUACAUCGCCACCUUGGGUGUCGAAGUUCACCCAUUGGCUUUCCACACCAACUACGGUGAAAUUAAGUUCGAUGUCUGGGACACCGCUGGCCAAGAAAAGUUCGGUGGCUUGCGUGAUGGUUACUACAUCAACGGUCAGUGUGGUAUCAUUAUGUUCGACGUUACUUCCCGUAUCACCUACAAGAACGUGCCAAACUGGCACAGAGACUUGGUCAGAGUCUGUGAAAACAUUCCAAUCGUCCUCUGUGGUAACAAGGUUGAUGUCAAGGAACGUAAGGUCAAGGCCAAGACCAUCACUUUCCACAGAAAGAAGAACUUGCAGUACUACGACAUCUCUGCCAAGUCCAACUACAACUUCGAGAAGCCUUUCUUGUGGUUGGCCAGAAAGUUGGCUGGUAACCCGCAAUUGGAAUUCGUUGCUGCCCCAGCCUUGGCCCCACCAGAGGUCCAGGUCGACGCCGAGUUAAUGUUGAAGUACCAGCAGGAAAUGGAGGCCGCCACCGCCUUGCCAUUGCCAGAUGAGGAUGAUGCCGAUUUGUAAGUUAUCUCUGCGUUUUAUCUAUAUAUCACCAUCUAAAAGAAUUUUAAGUUUACAAUCAAAUAAAUGUAGC